AUGGCCGAUGAAGAGUCUGGCACAUCCACCCUCCAGGAACAAGAUCAGGAUAAAGAAUUGCAACAGCAUGUUACUCAUGAUGAUGACAGAAACGGUGAGGAGAAAGACAAAGAGCAAGCCGAUCUCUCAAAGAUCGAAUCCACAAAGUCCAUCGCCGAGACGCUGCCCUUGGGCAAAGAAAUCCUCUUCGUCGGCUUGAUCUGCUGCGCACAAUUCACCACCCAAGUUGGUCUAGGUCAAUGUCUCGCCAUCCUUCACGUCAUCGGGGACAGCUAUGGUCUCUCCAACCCUGGCGAGCUCAGUUGGCUCAUCGCGGCCUACAGUCUGACGGUUGGCACCUUCAUCCUUCUAGCGGGUCGUCUGGGCGAUGUCUACGGCUACAAGAGAAUGCUCAUCAUCGGCUUCUCCUGGUUUUCGGUAUGGAGCAUGAUCGCCGGUCUAGCCGUCUACUCGAACCACGUUCUCUUCAACUUCGCGCGCGUCUUCCAAGGCGUCGGACCAGCCAUAUGCCUGCCCAAUGGCCUCGCCAUCCUCGGCGCAUCAUACGCGCCGGGUCCGCGAAAAGCCAUGGUCUUCGCCAUCUUCGGGGCCACAGCUCCUGGAGGUGCUGUCAUGGGCGCCGUCUUCGCGGGCCUCUUCAGCUUAGCCUGGUGGCCUUGGACCUUCUGGUCUUUCGCUAUUGUUCUAGCUUGCAUAGCGGUCGUUGGAUCCUAUGUGAUCCCCGAACCACCAAAAAGGUUCACGAAAGCGAUGACACUGCGCGAGAAGAUAGCGGAGCUUGACCUACUCGGGGGUCUCUGUGGUGUCACGGCCUUGAUUCUUAUCAACUUCGCCUGGAACCAGUCUGGUGUAGUCACAUGGGCCAAAGCAUACGUCUACGUGUGCCUGAUUCUCGGCGCAUUGUUCACCGCCGCAUUCUUCUUCAUCGAACUGCGAGUCGCAACAUCGCCGCUGAUACCCUUCGAUGCAUUGUCGACCGACGUCGCAUUUGUUUUAGCCUGCGUAGCUUGUGGUUGGAGCUGCUUUGGUAUAUGGGUUUACUAUCUGUGGCAGUUUUAUGAGCAACUCAGAGGUGCCUCUCCGCUCCAUGCCGCUGCCUGGACUAUUCCGGUUGCGAUCUCCGGUGCCAUUGCCUCCGUGACUACCGGGUUCCUGCUUGGCCGUCUCAGGCCCGCCUGGGUGAUGACGAUUGCACUUACAGCAUUCACUGUCGGAACCAUCCUAAUCGCCACCGCGCCAGUGGAGCAAAGCUACUGGGCGCAGUCCUUCGUCUGCACGAUCGUCAUUCCCUGGGGCAUGGACAUGAGUUUCCCAGCCGCCACUCUUAUCCUAUCUGACGCGGUGGCGAAGAAACACCAAGGUAUCGCCGCAAGUCUAGUCAACACAAUCGUCAACUACAGCAUUUCGCUAGCACUUGGUUUUGCCGGCACCGUUGAAAGCCACGUCAACCAUGGUGGCAAGACCCCGAAGGAUGUUUUGUUGGGAUUUCGCGGUGCUUGGUAUUUCGGUAUUGGACUCUCAGGCUUCGGUCUCUUUCUGAGUCUUUGUUUUCUGGCCAAGGGGUACUGGAAAGAUCGAAACAAACGGAAGGCUGGAGAUAAUCCCCUCGAAAGCCCUUGA